AUGGUAUCUAUUCUGGGAUCAUUAACCAUCUUCUCCUUAUAUUGGAAGAUUACUAAAUUAUACAGCGAAAUUAAUAUUUCUAUUAAAAUAACCGAUGCAAUCCAAAUGAUGUACGAUUUAUGUCAAUAUUUAGUUGAUAUAUUUUUUGUGUUAGUCUACGGACGAGACAUGAGCUUUGAAUAUUUCAAACAGUAUAUUAGAAUUGAUAAUAUUAUUGGUAUGAGCUACUACUCUGAAAUUAAAUUAAGACUUUUGAAAUUGAUUACUUUCUUCGCUUUGAUUUGGGCGAUGAGUAGUGUUUGUGACUUUACAGCAUGGGUUUUUACUUUCGGAUGGUUGGCUCCAUUCGUAUAUUCCAUUGCCUAUGUUUACUUACUUAUAAAGAUCUUAACAACCCUAGAUCUCACAUCACAAGUAAUGCAAAUUGAAUGCCGUUUAAGUUGUCUUGGAGAUGUACUAUUAACUUGUUAUUGCGAUGAAAGAAAGGAACAAGAUUUUGUUGAAGAUUGCGCUUUUAAAUAUAAUUUGUUUUAUCCUAAUAAUAAAGUGGGCAACGUACCAGAGCCAUCUCUGAAGACACUUGACUCUAAUGUAACAGAUAAAAUAAAAUUUCUUGAAAAAUAUUAUCUACUACUGAUAGAGCAAUGUGCAUUUAUCAAUAAAAUGUAUGGAUUGCGGAUACUGUUGAAUAGUUUGAGUUUACUCAUCGACAUGGUGAGGUUUACAAACAUAGCUGUGAGGUACAUUAUCAUCUCUGAGAAAAAUAUUGACACUGACUAUUUUCCUACGAUAUCCAGUUUGAUGCGUUUGUUAACGUGUGCUGCUGUUGUCAUCUCUCUGGUGCAUCACUGUGAAAGGGCAUAUCGGGAAAGAGAUAGAAUUAUUUGCAUUUUGGACCAUUACCUUGUUAUGAGAGAUCCAAGUAAAGAAGUUCGAUCGGCGUUAAAUGUUUUGCGAGAUUUAGUACAGUCAAGAGCAAUCACGUUUCAUAUGUCGUAUUUUUUCCGCUUCGAUUAUUCUUUGCUGGUGUCUAUGGCAUCAGUGGUCGUUACUUACACAAUUAUUAUAUUGCAGAGUAUCAAUUGA